ACAUAAACCCUAAAUCCUAAAUCCCCAGUCCCCAAUUCCCCAUCGCGCGAGCGCGCGUGCCGCCACUACCAUCGACGGCUAGCCACCACCGCACGUCGCCGCCACGACCGUCGUCACUGACCUGCAAAGGAAGCGGAGGCCGCCGCCGAGAGGCAAAACCUACAGCCCGAACCCUAGCGAGCUCCAUCCAUGGCGGACGCCCCCGCGCAACCCGCACCGGCCGCCGCGGCCGCCGCCGGGAACCCCCACAAGCGCAAGAACAAGGGGAAGGGCAACCCCAACAAGAAGAACAAGAAGCUGAAGGGCCCCGACGACGCCACCCGCCGCCGCCACAAGCCGAGCGCCAAGUUCCUCAAGCUGCUCGAGAAGCGCGCCCGCGACUACAACUCCGACGACGACGACGACGCCCCCCAAGUCCGACCACGAAGGUCACAGCCACGGCCGCCGCCGAAGCAACGUGAUGCUGCUCCCGAUGGCGACGAUGACCUCAAAGAGGCCCCCUCGUCCGAGGAGGAGGCCUCCAGCUCCGGCGGGGAGUCCGACGGAGAAAAGGCCGUCACCAUGUUCCAGGAAGGCUGCAGGGCUUUCCAGGCCGCCUUCACCAAGAUCAUGGAGAAGAAGCUCGCCGACAACCCACUGGGUCCAAUUCUGUCAGCGGACAAGAAAUUGGUCGCCGCCAAGUUGGCCGAGGAGGCGGACGAGCACAAGUCCAAGGGAGAGGCCCGCAAGGAGAAGCGCCUUGCUGCGCAGAAGGGUCAUAAAAUACCUGAGAAUGCUAUUGACAACAAAGAAAAGAUGCUUAUCAAGGUUGCAACCCAAGGAGUUGUCAGGUUGUUCAAUGAGGUGAGCAAGCGACAGACUAGGAAAGGUUUGAAUCCAUCAAGUAAAGAUGUCAAAUCAGCUUUGGCAAAACACUCUGUACCAUCUAGCGAAGGACAACAAGGCCAGGGAUCUUCCAAGUUCUCAAAGAAUAUUGGCAAAGGUGAAGAUGAGCCAGGGUGGGCCCCUCUACGUGACACAUACAUGCUUGGUUCCAAAUUGAAGGACUGGGAUAAAGCGCAGGAUUCUGAUGUGGCUAAACCGAGUGAGGUCCCUUUGGACAACUUUUCUGAUGAUGAAUAGGAAACAAAAUCUAUUUGCAUGGUUGGCUGAGGGGCUACAUUUUGAAUGGGGGAAUGGAGGGUGGUUGAUGCUUUUGGAUGCAUCCAAGAGCGCAAGAUUUUGGAGAGGGGAAGAAUGGCGUCUCUGAUGUGGUUUUCGGUUACUAGGUUUCAUUGCAUGCAUCCAGGAGCGCAAGAUUUCUACAUGCAAACCUUGUAGGUUUAGUUUCUCUUCAUCCUUGUAUCACAACAAAAUUCUUGCAGAAUUGUUGUCACAGCUUAAUGAGUAUAAUUGUUUUGCCCAGAA